AUGAAGUGUUCAAAUUGUAAAAUUGAUAAAUUAUCUAGAGAAUUCCCAAAUGAUAUUAUUAGCCAAAAUUGUUUUCAUAUCUCUACUUUUUGUUUGAAGUGUAUAAUAAAUAUUAUUAAUACUAAAGACGCACAACAACAAUGUCCAGAAUGUAAAUCAAAUAUUAGUGCAAAAGAGUUGGAAAACCUAAAUAUAUUGUGGGAAAAAGCGCCAUUUAGAAUUAAUAUUGAAAAUAUUUCAGAAUUACAUUCACAAAAGAUAUCGCAAAAUGGUGAAGUUGACGGACAUGGUAAUGCUACUGCAGGGGAUUUUUAUGUUGUAUUAUUAAACGGUACCAAGUUAAAAUUUAGAUUGGAAACUAUUAAAACUGUUGGAGCUUUAAAGGAAGCUAUUAAAGGUCAAACUAAAAUCGAAACUAAUAAACAAAAAUUAAUUCAUAAAGGUGUUGAAUUACAAACAUAUGCUAAUCAAGGAAGAAUUCAAAAUCAAUUAUCAGAAUAUCAUAUAGUAUCAGAAAGUCAUAUACAACUUAUCGUAUUAUUAUAUUCUAUAUCAAAAGAAUUAUCCAUUAGUGCAUUAACCUUUGAUUUAUUUUGGGGAUAUCCAUCAAGUGGAUGUGAUUACUUAGAUGGUACCUGUUUGCUUUAUACGGGUACUGGAAAUAAUGCAGGUCAACUUUGGCGUCGUUUUGAUUAUCAAUCUACAAGUUUUCAUGAUAUCCCUAAUAUGUCACAUUCUGGUGACAUUAUGGAUCACGCUGAGAGGAGGGGUCAUCAUCGUAUAACAGCAAAUCUAGCAUCAUUACCACCAACAGUAUCAAAAUUAUAUUUUAUCCUAAGUUCAUGGAAUUCACCAAAUAUAGGUCAUUUUCCAAAUCCAUCUUUUAAAAUGUUUGAUCCUUCAAAACCCAAUAUACAAUUAUGCUCUUAUACUAUUCAAUCCGCUGCUUCUUCACAAGCUGUUAUAAUGUGCGUUGCCGCAAGAAAUUCUUUUGAGGGUAAUUGGAAUGUAUUUGAAAUUGGGAAAUUAUCUGCUGGUAAUGCAAAAAAUUAUACUCCGAUUGAAGAUACAAUUAGUAAUAUGGAUAAAUUUUUCGGUAUUUAA